AUGCUCUCUCGACCCGAAGAGCGUGGUAACCGCGCUCUGCGUGCCGUUCUUCGUGAGGUCAAGCCGUGCAGAGUCUGUGCGCAGGGUGACCAGCACCCGGAAUGCUUAUUUUUCAGAAGGCGAGAUGAUGUCGUUAUUGUACAGCGCAGCUUCACCGUUGAGGCUACGAAAACGGGGUACACGGUUGCCAAAGUGAACCCUCAGGCGCACACCAAACGCGUCACGCCGGAGUUCGCUCCCGCGCCCCCGCACUUGACGUUAGAGAUAAUAGUACAACUCCUGAUUGCUAUCGCUUAUAUUCUGAUCCCGUUGCUUGAACGCCAUCAGGCCUUGAGGCAACAAUACACUCCGGCGGCCAUCCUCGAACGAACGCCGGAGCUGGAGGGAGAAAGGCUCAUCUGCGACCUUCGUUGCGAGUCUCGACGGAACCCCGCAGAUGGUCACGACUUUGUCCUACUCGAGUUCUUCCAGCCUCACGAGUUGGAGAAUGCGUUGGAGGUAUUAAGGCGGGCUCAACAAGUUCAGGAGACCUCUUGCCCGUCUGAUGCGGAUGAAGUUGUUCGAGUGACCCUCAGUCACGGCGCGGGGCAGCCGUCAUAUGCAACUCUCUACAAAGCGCUCGCUUCGGGUGUUCCAGUUGUGGUGUCGGGAAUAGACCCAGGGAACAGCAAUUUGACGCCGGAUUUCUUUGUGAAAUGGUAUGGGGAUGAAGAGGUUACGGUUGUGAAUACGGCAACCCGUUCUGCCAGGACUACGGUCCUGUCCGCAUUUAUGGAGAAUUUCGAUGAUCCUGAUGCUAGCGCGGAGCCUGAGAAGAUUCAGGAUUGGCCACCCACAGAGAACUUUGCAACCGCCUUCCCAGACAUGAAUGAAGUUUUCCAGGAAGUCCUGGUCGGUUGGAUGCUGACAUCAAAACGUGGCGCGCUGAACCUCGAGUCUAACAUGCCUGUCGGCUCGUGUCCACCCGAUACGGGACCCAAAGCGUACCUUGCCCGUGCUGCCACCAAUGGUGCAACUACACGCCUACACACCGACAUAAGUGACGCUGUGAAUUUCAUGUUCUCUGCUGGACGUGGCCGCGAGGGCAUCGAGGCCGGAGCAGAGUGGAUCAUGAUAUGCCGCGACGACAUGGAUGAGGCUGCCCGGCUGCUGCGAGAAUGGCAGAAGCCUUUUAAUGGCCAUCCCAUUCACUCUGCGGACAUCACUAUCACACCAACCGAUGUGACCCGUCUUUGUGAUGCUGGAGUGAGGGUCUGGCGCCUUGUCCAGAAAGCGGGUGAAGCCGUCUUCAUCCCAGCAGGUGUUGGCCACCAGGUCUGGAACUACACUUCGUGUAUCAAAAUAGCGGUAGACUUCGUUAGUCCCGCCAAUAUCGUUCAUUCACAUAAUAUCAGCAAAGAACUUCGCGAGCACAGACUAAUGGUGAACGACCCUGAUGCCGAAGAUGUCUUGCAACUCCCCACCAUGUGCUGGUGGACGUUCGUUCGCUCUCAAACCGAAGAGUACCUCAACGUGCGGUCUGACGUAUUCUCAUGUCCCUGGACGUCGCAUUACUCUGCAGCCCCCCGUUACCUGCAAGUACCUGUUGGAGUUGAUGCACAUGAAGACGAACAUGCUGAUAGGGAGUUCUACCCCGAACAGUCCGCGUCUGGCUUCACAGUUGGCGGGCCUGCACCGGCUGGCGCAGCUGGUAUGUCCGGUCAUUUCCACUGA